AGCCAGCGCCGAAACCGCACAACAAGAGCAGAGGACGUUCAUUCGUGUCUGUGAUAGUGACCGAGGCCGUUCCUUCGCCCCCUUUCCUCGGCCGGGACACCGACCUCUCCGACUGAUCAGCGGCGGAGUUGCGCACCGCUCAUCCCGUUCGCCCGCCAGCAGCUCCGCGUCGUGCCGCUCCGCUCCGCGCCGGGUCGGUCCGGUCGCUUCCUCCUCCUCCUUCUCCUCCUCCUCCCUUUGGAGAGCAGGUUAUUCCCUGGAAGCUGGAUGAAUUAUUGGAGAGUUGUGAACAAGUGCGAGAAGAACGCUGAGGCUCGGGAUCUGCCUCCUGCUCCGUCCAGGGAAGACAAGACUCAGCCAGAGUUGUGGACGAUAAUGGAGGGGACGUCCCUGUAUCUUCCUAUUGUUAUUUUACUGAUGCAAUGUUCUCCCUCCGUUCCCGUCACCGUGUCGACCAACAGACAUAAGGUGGAGGUGCGCGAGCACUCAGACGCUGUGCUGUCCUGCAUGUUCCGCACAGAGAAAGACCAGAACCCACGCAUCGAGUGGAAGAAAAAGGGGAAAGACGUCUCCUUUGUGUACUAUAACGGACACUUCAGAGUUCCCUUCGAGGGCCGAGCGAGCAUCGACGGGGCGACGGUGACGCUACACAAGGUGACCCAGGAAGAUGCUGGAGAGUACCGAUGUGAAAUCAGUGCUCCUCUGGACUCGGUCAGCCUGGGAGAGACCAACGUCACGCUCAAAGUCCUGGUGCCCCCACAAACCCCGACCUGCGACAUCCCCAGUGCAGCGGUGACGGGCUCAGUGGUGCAACUGCGCUGUCAGGACCAGCAGAGCAUCCCACCUGCAACAUACUCCUGGUUCAAGGACAACCAGCCAAUCAGCCCACCCCGUCACGCUAAUGCCACCUAUCUAAUCAACUCACACACUGGAGUGCUGGAGUUUAAAGCUGUAGCCAAAGAGGACACCGGCCGCUACAGCUGCCUGGCUUCAAACGGAGUGGGAUCGCCCAAGAUGUGCGAGGGCAAGCACAUGACGAUAGAGGACGUGAACGUCACGGCGGUGGUGGCGGCCGUGGUGGUGGUCUGCCUGCUCGUCGUCAUCUGCGGCUGCGGGGGUUUCCUCUUGCACCGGAACGGCUUCUUCACCCCAGGACACAGAGGAAGGUCAUUUUGGAUCUCCCAGUGUCAUGGUGCAGCCCACAUCAGCAGCCAAACCCUGCACAGAACUGAAGACACGUCUAAUGUCAACUACAUUCCUCCGCCCCAAGAGCCGCAGGACUUCAAACACACACAAUCAUUCAUGCUCUGAGAAGCUGGCCUUCCCAUGAGGAUAAAUCACCCUUUGCGAUAAGGUGCCAACACUGGACUCUGAUUUAUUUUUUCUCUCUCCGGACUCGGAGUGAGCUCUCGAUCUUCCAAUACGUACUAAUUUCAAUCGUUCUUCAAGCAAAUUUUUUCGCAAGGCCUCCUGCUCUCGUGCUUUGCUGUGUAGUUUUUUUUUUUUUUGCUUCUUUCACUCAAGUCUUCAUGGGAUUCAGUACAGUUUCAUGGUACUCUGCUCCCCCCUGGUGGUGAGAUGUUGAACUCCAGGGCUAGUAGAUUUUUCUACCACCUUUUGUUUCUCUCCUCUGCAGGCCGAUUGUUUUUAAUUUUUUUACCCUACUUUUUUUUUUUUUCUUUUACCAAAGACUGACGUUUAAUUUGCUUUAAAAAUUAAAUCACGACAGGGGAAAUCUUCUUAAAGCCAUAGGGAAAGAAUAUCAGUUGUUCUCAAUCGACUAAAUGCAGUUUACCUCAGUCAGUAUUUUGUCUUCUGUAACACUGGGGCCACUGAAGAUCCUCACGAUCUUAGUAACAAACAGGAAGCCAAUUGUACCAAGAGACCAACCCCCAUUCCAUCCUAAUGUGCCUGCAUGGUCUUUUUUAUAAAUAUAUAUACUGUAUACCUUGUGCCUUUUUAAUUUGUCUGUCAUAUUUAUCUAUGGAUCACAGGUUUUUUGUAAAGAACUUGCCUUACUUUUUUCUGUCUUUAUAUUUUUGUGCCACUGUUUAUCGAUGUUUAUCAAACGGAGUGUCUGUUUUUAGACUGUGUGAAUGAGUUGUUCAGAGUUUUAUUUGAAUGGAGUAUCAGUAAUAAAAGGUUUUUCUAUUCAAAGCCA